GAGAGAGAGAGAGAGAGAGAGACUUUGUUUUUACAGUUUAGUGCUCCAAAGGAACGCGUCUUACGGACGUUCCUUAGCAACGAAGUUGUUUUCUCUCUAUCCCUCUCUCGGCCGUUCCCUACAGUGAAGAUGGCUAAAUUCGUUGUUGCGGGUGGAGAUACAAAAAAGAGGCAAAAGACAAUCCCUGCCAGGAGCUUAUGAUCCAAUGAGGGAGAUAACAAGCAAACAAACAAGUUAAAUACAGGAUAAAAAGGAAAUAAGAAAGAAAUUAAAAGGAGUGAAGAAAAGCUUCCUAUAGAAGAUGGGAUUUUAACUGACACUGAAAGGAAGUUAUGGAGGUAAAGCAGAUUGCCCAUACUUUGCUAAGGCAGAACUGCUGGCAGAUUAUCUGCAGAAAAAUCUACCUGAUUUCCAGAUACACAAAAUUAUUCAACACCCUGAUAUUUGGGAGGUCUCCCAAACUCUGAGCAAGACCUGGCAAUAUAUGCAUCAAUCUCAUCAUCUGUGGGGACAGCCUUGGAGAACGUACUUCUAAAAAAGGGUAACUUAUCCACAGCAUUCAAAGUUUCUCCAUUUUUUAUGAUCAAUGGUUCUGAUAUGGGGGUAUAGACUUCCUCUAGACACCCCAAAACCCCAGAUUGUGUGCUAGGUCAGAGUGUACAUAAAAUACUCAUUUUUAUUUGAAUUCCUGCAAUGCUAGGGAAGGUGACUUUGAGCCCCUCUGGCCUUUCCCUUCAUUCUUGAUGAGCACAGAUAAGCACAUCCCAGCUUGCUCCUGAUAUGCAUCUAUUUUAUAUCCAGAUAUCUGAUUACCCUCUAAACUGCACAAUUCACCCACUUUUGACUUUGAGUCGUGGGACAUAACCACAUGACCCAUCUCAGGUUCCAGAGACCCAGUACAUCAUCCUUUCUCUAGUCAUGUAGGCCCUGUUGCUAAAAGGGUAUAAAAAACCCUAAACCCCAUCUCCUAGGGGAGGCAGUAUUCCAUCUGAACACUGUUUCCCAGCCUUUCACCUGGCUUCCAAAUUAAUACAUUUCUCUUUUUAAUUUUAAGCUAAGUUUUGGAAUAUUAUAUUCUUGUAAAGGGUAGCCUAUCCCCAACCUGGGGUUUCAUCUCAUAGCUCUCCCACAACAGUUCUAUGUAUGAAUGGUACAGUGCUGGCUGGUGGAAGACCUCUGUUUUCUUGGUGUUGUCAGGCCAAAAUUAACACAGGCAGCAGUUUCAGAGGCCACAUUGAGUAAACAAUUAUCUUUGAACAAAAAGUCAAGUACCAAUGUCCUCUCCACUUUGGUUUUGGCUUGAAGCCUUUUCAAAUGAAAUAGUUUAACAUCAGUUUGAAAACUGAUCUUGAUGCUAUUUUUGUCCUCACUGAGGGUAUCUGACAACAUCUCAGAGAACAUCAUGCCAAAGAGCAUGGGAGCAAGCAUAUAACACUACUUCACUCUGUUGGUGCCUGGGAAAGUAUGAGAGCAUUGUCCUUCAUCCAGAAUCCAUCUAAAUAUUUGCAUUCAGCGAAAGCAACAGCUCUGAAGAUGACUGUGGAGAAUCAGUGUUAACAGGAUAGAGCUUUUCUCUGUGUGUGAACAGAUUAUUGCUGACCUGGAGGGAAAACUGACAAUGGCUACAGGAUAUAUGUAAGAAGAAUCAAUGGAGUCACAAACGCUCUCCUAUAAUUUGGAGAGAGUUGUUAGACCGUGGAGGAAAGGGUAUUCUUCUGGGAGGAUUUAAUGAGUUCAUGGAGCAUAUUGAGCUUUACUAUGGGAUUACCUCAAAGAUGAUGACUGAUGAUAUGUUGCUCAUUGCUGACGAGAACAUGGAGACACAUAUAGAAAUUGAGCAGGAAGAGAAAGAGCUCAAAGAAAUGAUCAAUCCUCUACAGGUCUGGAUCACCGGUGCAUCUUGUCCUACAUGCUACCACCUAAUUCCAAUCCUGGCAAGUGGAGAAGUCUUUGGGUUGGAGGAAGAAAUUAGCAUCAAUCUAUUAAGCAGUACCUACAACGAAGACAACCUCAGGGGCCUUGUGAUGGAGAGUGAAGACCUGGCAUUGCCUCUUCUGCGGAAUAUCUCCUUGUGCACAGAAAUCAAUGAGGCAUUUUUGGAGGCUCAUGUUAUUGUCAUACUAAAUGACAUUAUUGAAGAUGAGUCUGAGCCUCUAGAAGAUAGAAUUAGGGAUAGGUUUCCUAUAUGUCAAUUAUAUGGAUCCCUGAUUGACAAAAAUGCUAAUGAAAAUGUGAAAGUUAUUGUGGCAGGAAAGACCUUCCUAAAUCUCACCACCAGCUUGAUCAUACAACAUACACCUUCUGUGAAUCCGCGGAACAUCAUUGCUGUGGCCAUGAUUGUUGAAAAUGAAGCAAAAGCCAUGUUGGCCAGAAAAUUGAAAGCACCAGCUUCAGAUGUCAAAGAUGUGAUAAUUUGGGGCAAUAUUACUGGCUUUCGUUAUAUUGACCUGAAGAAAGCAAAAAUUUUCAAAUAUAACAGUGCUAUUUGGGGACCUCCAAACUAUUCACGUUUUCUGUUACAGCUGAUAUUUGAUAGUGAAUGGAUUCGCAAAGAAUUUGUGGCCUCCCUUAAUGCCUGGAGUUUGAAAGAGCAUUUCCAAAAGGCUAUUCCAUCAGCACACUGUAUAGCCACUAUGCUGACAUUCUGGUUCCACGAUUCCCCUCCAGGAGAGUUUUUUUCUGUAGGAAUAAGAAGUGAAGGUGAAUUUGGCAUGCCUGAAGGAAUGGUAAUUUCCAUGCCAGCACAAUGCCAGAAUGGAAUAUGGACUGUUCCUACGGAUUUAAUUGAGAGUGAACUAACUGAAGACGUUAGAAAUAGAAUAAUCCAUGAUCUCCAACAGGAACAACUCGUUGCAAGUGGAGAACAAUUAAUUUAUGAGCCAUACACUCCAGCACCUGGAGCCCCACCGCGGGAAACCAGAGUCAGAAUCCAAAUCGAUGAAAACAGGGCAGAGGAAGAACUACUAAAGGAACAAAGUGGUACCUUAGAAUUUUUCAGCCAAGUUUCUCUAGACAUCUCAGAAGGUCCAAGUCAAGAACCCGUAGAAGGAAAUGAGGAAGAAACCCUUGAUUACUAAAAUGAAAAUGCACAUGAAGAAUUUAUAUUGUUUGGAAACAUAGUAGCAGGUAUUACAAAUGUAUAUGAUUGGGGGAAAUGUGAGGUUGAGAGAUUUUCAUGAAUUUUACAGUAUUUCAAUAGCUACAGGAGUGGCAACAUUAAUGAAUUUUGAGAAGGAACUUGUUUCUCUCUGUAUUGACCUACAUAUUUGUUUCAUUUUCAAGAAAUAGUUAUUUUAUGUAAAAGUAUUAUUAUUAUUUCACUUUAAGUUGUAACCAGUUAUUUUGUAAUUUCAUCCUGAGGAUGUAGCAUAACACUAAUUUUCAAAUAAACUUACAUGUAUAUUUUAAAACAAAAACAUAAUAAAUUGUGUGAUCAAUUGAAA